AGCCGUGUAUCACAUAGAGACUCCAAAAAAAAAAAAAAAAUCAAAACCAACCGCCGCCGGCUCCCAGCCUCCCCUCUUUUCCUCCCAUCCGACCGGCGGCGAGCCGGCGGUACGCAACGCUCUCGCGCAUCACCCCGCCCAACUCCGUUACACAGAGCCGCCGCCGUCGGAGGGUCGGCCGCCGCACUCGACGGGAUCCCCUCCCUCAUCUUUGCUGCCCCCCGGCGGAGGCCGGAGUUGAUCUCUUUGUUGGAACAGCAUAUAUUCGUCUCUUUAAUUAAUGAGGCGAAUGAAGUCACGUCAUGGAGCAGCAAAAAGGGCCCCCGAAAAAAAGCCAGGCAUUUUUCAGCUUGAUGAUAUUCCUGAGAAUGCUGUGUUCAUGAUACACCAGCUGUUAUCUCUGAGAGAUGCUGCACGUGCCAGUCUCCUAACUCGAAAGUGGCUACGUGUUUGGAGAUUCUACCCUAAUUUAGAGUUCACUACAAAGGCAUUGGGUCUGAAGAAACGAAUUCACAAAGUACAGAGGAGGGCAAAGUUUGUCAGUUGUGUUAAUACUGUCAUACGACACCAUGCUGGAACUGGGGUGAAGUCAUUCAUCAUCAAGAAAAACCUCAAUAAUCAGAAGUACACCCAUUAUCUUGACCGUUGGAUGUACUUCGCAGUCAGUUCAGGUGCCAAGGAACUGACUCUUGACUUACGUCCACAAAGGUUUAUUCAUUACCGUAAUAUCCAAUACAACUUCCCAUCAUCUAAUUUUGCUACCCCCAUGCCUACCUCCGUAGAACAUCUGAAGCUCUUGUUUUGCUAUUUGAGGCCUUCACCAACAUUUUUUGGCUUGAGUAACCUGAAAACACUUGAGUUGAGCUUUGUACGUAUAACUAAAGAAGAUUUGGAGAGCUUGUUAAGCUAUACAUUUUCCUUACAAGAGUUGAAGUUAAGUCAGUGUCCAAACAUAGAUCACUUGAGGAUCCCUGAUGUGCCAUCUAAGCUCAACUACCUUGAUAUUGAUUUAUGCUGGAUAAGAGCACUGGAAAUACACAUUCAAAAUCUAGUUAUCUUUAAUUACCAUGGAAGUGUUCGCUUUAGAAUCAUACAAGGAGAAGGAUCUUUGUUUAAAGAGGCACGGUUUCAGUUCUCGUGUGGGGACGCUAUAGAGUAUGCUAUCACAGAAAUGGCUCCAGCUUUGCCAAAUCUUGAAACACUGUUUCUGAUUGGAUUUUCUAAGAUGGUUAUUCCAACCAGAGAUCCAAGACAUAGGUUCCAUUGCCUGAAGCACUUACAGCUGAAAAUGAUAAUGCUCUCAAAGAAAUACAAUAACCUCUGCCUUGUUUCUUUUCUUGAUGCUGCGCCAUUUUUGGAAUCACUUAUUGUGCAUGUAUGCAACGGAUCACUUUAUUAUCCUGGAAAGAAAACAGACUUGAGAAGGCUCGAGAAACGUGAACCGCAUAAAAACCUCAAAUUUGCGAAGAUGACCGGGUUUGAUGGAGAACGAUCAAGCAUUGAGCUUGCACUGCACAUCCUGGAGAGCUCAACUAACCUUGAGUGCCUCAUUCUGGAUCCUAGAAAAUAUAAAUCCGAGUGGAAAUAUAUUUAUGAAGAGAACUUGCGCGAUGUUCAGUGGAGAGUACAUAAUUUCACUAUUUCGGAAUACAUUGCAGAGGCAGUUCCUUCACAUGUUAAAUUAUUGUUUUCAUGAUUCUCAGGUGUGCGGCUAUAACCAUUGUCUUGAACUCUCCACCACAUUUGAGAUUGGGUUUGAGUUAUGAAGCCGGCCAUCUGCUGGUGUUGUCGUGCUCAUAGUUUUGCAUUUAUGGUGGUGCCUUUUUCUUUUGGGGAAAAAAUGUAUAUGCUCACUUCUCACAUGUACCAUUAAUUCUUGGUGUUGCUAGCUUAUCUCAAGCACAUAUCAGACAAUGAAUAUUUUCAUCCAGACUAGUACUAGUAGUUAUGCAAGUUCAAAAGGUUGAAUUUCCCUAA